AGUGGACGCGUAACCGUCAUUGCUGUAUCAAAAACGACAGAGUGCGGACGGUCGACAAAAUGAUUGCAGAAAUAUUAAUUUUCCUAGUUACAACCCUAUUGUUUUAUAUUUUAUUUGUAUAUAAAAAAACACACUAUUUCUUCGAAAAGAAGGGCCUGAAGUAUCUACCUGGUAUACCGAUGUUUGGAAACAUGUAUCAUAGUACAGUGGGUACGAAGCAUUACUUAGAAGAUUUGGAUGUUGUAUACAGGGCUUUUCCGGAUGAAAAGUAUGUAGGCCUCAUCGAAGGUACUUCUCCAAUAGUCCUCAUCCGAGACCCUGAGUUGAUAAAAACCAUUACAGUUAAAGAUUUUGAUCACUUCGUGAACCAUAAGCAGUUCUUUGAUAAAGACAUCGACCCGUUGUUUGGUGGAAGCAUUCUCAUGAUGAAAGAUGACAAAUGGCGUGACAUGCGAGUCACUCUGAGCCCAGCGUUCACUGGCUCCAAGAUGAGGCUCAUGAUGAACUUUAUGAGCGAAGUCAGCCACAACAUCACGGAUUAUUUGAAAGAGCAUCUGUCUGAAGAGAUUCACGCUGACGAUUUGGUGCGUCGCUACACUCUGGAUGUCAUUGGAUCAGCUGGCUUUGGACUUCAGGUGAACUCUUUGAGAGACAAAAACAACGAAUUCUUUGAAAUAGGCAUGAAAUUAUUCACGUUCGACUUUCAACAGAAACUUGCAUUCUUUAUGUCAGCAGAAUGCCCUCAAAUAGCAAAGUUAUUGGGAAUCAGAAUAUUCCCACCUAAGGUGAUGAACUUUUUUAAAGAUAUUAUUACAAACACUAUCAACUAUAGAAAAAAGAACAACGUGAUUCGAUCUGACAUGAUCCAGCUAUUGAUGGAAGCUUCCAAAGGGACACUAACAGAUAGCAGUGUUGAUAAAAAUGAUGUUGGGUUUGCCACUACUGAAGAAGCGUUGAAGCCAAGAGGUGACACAAGAGAAUGGACGGAAGAUGAAAUAAUUGGACAAGUAUUUGUAUUUUUCGCGGCUGGCUUUGAAAGUGUUGCUGGUGUGAUAACCAUGUGUAUCCACGAAUUGGCCUUAAAUCAUGAAGUCCAAGAGAAACUGUACCAGGAAAUUCUGAAUCACCAGCAGACCAACGAAACUUUAUCUUAUGAGAAUGUGACCCAGCUGAAAUAUUUGGAUUGUGUAGUCAAUGAAUCAUUAAGAAAAUGGACUGGAGCUAUCUUUAUGGACAGAGUAUGUAAUAAAACCUACGAACUGCCUCCACCGCGGAAAGGUGGAAAGCCUUAUCUUCUCCGCCCUGGCGAUGUGGUUUACAACAUGGUGAAUCUAAUUCACAUGGAUGAAAAAUACCAUCCUAAGCCCGAAGUGUUUGACCCUGACCGCUUCUCUGAUGAGAACAAACACAAAAUACAACCUUUCACCUUUAUGCCUUUUGGCAUGGGACCGAGAAACUGUAUUGCAUCUAGAUUCGCGCUUUUGGAAAUAAAGGUGUUCAUAUACGAUCUGGUGCUGAAUUUCAAGAUUGCCAAAAGCAAAAACACUUCAGACCCUAUCCGUUUGCAUAAUAAUGAUUUCAACAUUAAGGCCAUGGGUGGUACAUAUGUGAAAUUUGAACCUAGAUCUACACAAUGAUCACGAAAAACUAUAUCACUUAAUAAAAAUGUAAACAAACAAGUAAGCGACCCGACCAAAAGAAAUAUUGUGAAUAUAUAUAUACAGAAUUGAAAUAAUCUUCAUUAAAAUAAAUUUUUAUUUUUGAAACUA